GCGCUCAAGGAGCUGCGCUUCCACCACUGCCAGACCUCGGAACACAGCGCCGCCGUCCGCAAUAUCCUGCCAUGAAGAAGGCCAACCCUCACACCCCCAUCUUGAUCCGCGAAGCCCUGGAAGUCGAGCCGAGAGUCUGGGCAAGAUACGACUUUGGCAAGGAGAAGAGCGCAAGUCUGAAGGGUAUGUUGAUCCGAAACUGCUUUGUCAUGGACAAGCAC